AUCCAGAUGGGCUGGUCCUGGAUGGGGCGGUGACGGAGGGCAUCGAAGGGAUGCGGUGCACAUCCUGGACAGGGGAUGGAUGGCUUCUAAGCAAACCUCGAGGAGCAGCUGCAGCCUUCCUUGGCUAGCUCGGCAAGAUUUCCCCCAGACCCCCUUCUUCGCAGGCAGCUGUCCUGGUAAGAGGCACUUCGAAGGAAUUCGGUAGCCGCCGAGUGAAACUUUGCUCCAUCUCAGCUGGAAGCUUUGCUUCAUUAAGCAGCCUGAGGUUGCUGGUCUCUCGUGGAGGUUUCCCUGCACGUUAAAUUUAAUUAGUGAAUUAUUGACUUUCCUUGAGUGGCCGAACGCCCAGCUUGGCUUACCAGGGGAGAGAUUUACAUUGAUCUCUCAGAUUCGGCUCCAUUAAGGGUUGAACUAAAAAGCUUUGAUUUCUUUUGAUUUCCCCCCCUUUAAAGAUCUCCUUGUCCCAAUCCGCAGCUGACCGCGGUUACUCCGGAUGCAUACAUUAGCGAUGCUGCUGGAGAGCUGGCUCCCGUCCAGGCUCCGCUUUCCAAAUUCCUCAUUUCCUCCAGCCGAAUAUACGUAAUUUUAAUGGGAUUUCAUGCUUCAUCUUAGGUUUGUGCUCUUGCUGGGAGAGUGCUGAUCUGUGGCCGGUGCUUUUGGCCUGCGUAAAGCGAGCGGCAGCCAGCAGACACGCUUGUAGGAGUGAAGUCUAACAGGGUUGCGCGUUAAUAUAGGGUUGGCAUUUUAAGCUCCCCUUUUUCCGCCCCUCCCUCUGAGUUUUCCACUUUACCUUGAAGGGAACAAUGAUCUGGCACGUUGCCUUAGUAACGUUCCAGAAAAGGGCGUCCAUUCAUUUCUGUAAUUUCAGCAGCAGAGCUGCCUCGAUUCUGGGCUGAGAGCUGUGCUUUUCCUCUUUAACCUCUAAAAUAAACCCUGCCCCCAAGCCUCUGGAAAGGUGCGAUCUCUGGGUCUGAAGGUCACCUAACCUGCUCCUGGCAAAGAAGCAAAGCGGAGAUGCUUUCUCCAAGGUCUCAUUUGAUGCACAAGCCGUCCCAAUGCAGCUGUGGGUUCGGCGUGGUGUUUCUGGAGCCAGAUGUGUGCCAAAGACCCACUGAUUUGAGAGUUGCUUGAGACAAGUCUUCUGUAGCUUGUGCUGGCAGAGCUGGGAUCGCUCCACCUGCCCCUUGAUCACGUGGAAGGGGACACCCGUCACGCCGUAGCCACUUUUAGCAGGCACCUUGAACUCCAGGCCAGUUUGCCCCCUUCCCCACCGGACCGUGGGAAUUAUUGCAGAGCGACCCGUUUGCCUUGAAAAGGGAUUUUCUCACUGAGCAGCUGAUUAAAAGCAGGUUAUUCCUAGGGCAGUUGGAGAUGUUGGUCUGCCCCCCUCUCCCCGAUUUCUCAUAUGGCAGAAGAUAUUGUUUUUCUUUCAUGCCUUAGCUGCCAAUUUUUCCUGCGGGCGCUCAGGCUGGCUGGAGAAGUGCUGGAGAGCUCGCAAGCUUGGCUGUAUGCCCUCCCUGCAAGGUCGAAUGGGACAAGGCUACGGUAUCAGGACAGUCUUUGAUUUAGGCACCGGAGCCCAAGAAUUCAGAAGCAAGCAUCAGCGUUUAAUGCCGGAGGUGCAACUCUGCAAGCAGCCUGGACGCUAUGGCGCAGUGAGCUCCUACAGCCAGAGUCAGGCCCCAGGAAGCCAGCGGAAGUCAGGCAGCCAAAAUUGCAAGUUGCUGCUGAAAAUCUAGACCCGGCUUCUUUGGAAAUCGGGUUUCCAAAAAAUGUGAGCAGUAAAGACCCACCUGCUUGGGUAACGGGCCUGAUUGCCAGACAGCGGGGGAGUUGUUGUCUCAUCCGGGUCCUCCUGUCUGCAGAUGCCUCGUCCUGCAGCCCGGAGCCCCGUGGAGACCCCCGCCGGCUUCUCCGAUGUGCCCCGCUGCUGAGCCACCCGCGGCCUCGGGCGCUCAGUGAGGGGUGAAAGGGAAACCACCGCUGCGUCGCUGCCUCCACCACGGUCUCUGCUCUCUGCUCCCUCUCGCCCAGCCAUGGAGGCCACCGACGUGCCGGUGGGGAACCUCAUUGACUUUGACUGUGACACGCCCGCCGAUGUCCCUGCCACAUCUCCUCCCGUGCCCCCUCCCAGCGGCCCCGGGCUGCUGGAAGACCCCGGGGACCUGGCGGGCGCCGGCGAGGAGAGCGAUGCCACGGAGUCGGCCGACAGCGAGAACGACAUGGGGGACUCGCCCAGCCACCCCAGCUGGAACAGCUACCGCCGCUCCUCCUCCAACGAGUCCUUCUCCUCCAACCAGAGCACCGAGUCGGCCAAGGACGAGGCGCUGGCGCAGCGCCGGGAGUUCAUGAGGCAGUACGUGGAGAAGAUCUUCACCGGCGGGGAGGACCUGGACCAGGAGGAGAAGGCCAAGUUUGGGGAGCUGUGCAGCGGCGAGAACGGCAAAGGCCGGGAGUGGUUCGCGAGAUACGUGAGCGCUCAGCGCUGCAACUCCAAGUGCGUCUCUGAGCAGACCUUCUACCGGCUGGUGCAGUCCUUCGCCGUCGUGCUCUUCGAGUGUCACCAGAUGGACGACUUCGGCCCUGCCAAAAACCUGAUGACCAUGUGCUUCACGUAUUACUACGUCGGGAAAAUGCACACGUUGCCCUCCGAGGCGAAGGAGAAGCCCGUGGGGAGCAUCGACUCGUACCUGAAGUCAGCCAACAGCUGGCUGGCCGAGAAGAAGGACAUUGCGGAGAGACUCCUCAAGAACACGUCGGCCAAGACCGAGAACAUGAAAGGCUUCUUCGGGGGGCUGGAGACCAAGUUCAUGGGCCGGAAGAGCGAGGACAUCGAGGACAAGCCCAAGGAGAAGCUGCAGAAGACAGUUUCCAUGCAGAGCCCCGAGGACGAGGAGGAGAAGAAGGGGGAGAAGAUCUACCUGUACAUGCACCUGAAGCAGCAGCCCAUCUGGCACACCCUGCGGUUUUGGAACGCGGCUUUCUUCGACGCCGUCCACUGCGAGAGGAGGAAGAGGUCUCCAACCACCAGAGGGAACGCUGGAGAGGAAGAGGAAAAGAGGGAGAAGUGGUGCCACAUGACCCAGGAGGAGCGGGACGACAGCCUGCGGUUUAAUGAGAACAUCACUUUCGGGCAGCUGGGCACUUUCACUCACAACAUGCUGGCAUUCGGCCUGACCAAGAAGCUCUGCAACGACUUCUUGAAGAAGCAGGCGGUGAUCGGCAAUCUGGACGAAGAGCAAUACAAGCUGCUGAGUGACCACAUUGAGCAGAUGGCUACGGAGUAGCCUUGCGGUUGGUACCCAGGCUCCACAGCAAGGCAGAGAGGAGCGGCUGGCACCAGGAGCCCUCCUCUGGGACCAGCCCGGGCUGCAGCCGGGCUCUUUACAAACCACUGCAAUAAACCCGCAUGAUUGUCAGCAAACCUUCGAGCCGUGCCCUGCAGCCCGUAGACGUAGCAGCGCCGACCAAACCGACCGUCUUCGGAGCCUCCUCCCCUCCAGAGCAGCUCCUUUCCGUCUUCUCCGAGUAUCGUGUGUGUCCAGAGUCGCCGCUGAAGAUCCCCCGUGCAUUUGUGUGGGCUCAGGGGAGGAGCCGUCUUGCUGUAUUCCCUUAUCCCGAGACAAGCCCCGGUCCUGCCCAUGCUGCUGAGAACUUCCCGGCGUUCCCCUGACGUGAUCGCUUCAGUAGCAAGCCGUGCUUGAAGGGACUGUUGGCAGGCAGGGGCGAGUGUGUGUGUCUGAGCGCACAGACGUGAUGAGUGGGCAAUAAUGUGGCAUCGCCAGCUGCUUGCUGCUUUUUAAGGCUGGCACCUAGCGGCUGAUCCAGGUGGAAGCCAGGUCCCUUGCAACGGGCGGCACAGCAGAGACCGAGAGAUGCACAAUCCUUGCAGAGAGGGUGGGUGGAAAGUUGGAGGCCGAUGGCUGCAUCAGGCUAUUUGUGUUUGUAGGGCACCUUGGCAGGUUAGCAUCGGCUGAGCUACAAGCCGGAGAUGAGAGCAAUCAGUCCUGCCAUCUGGAUUGUCCCGCUGGCGCCCUAGUAUGGUGGGCCGAUGUGUUUUGCUUUUUAAAGGGCCUUUAAAAGGAAACGAUUACGGUUGGAUGCGAGUGGGGGGGAUUCUUUAGGGACAUAAGUCUGAGGGCACUCAAGGAAGGGACAAGGGACCAGUCUUGGAGGUGCUGGAGCAAGUCUAGAGUCCGGGAGCUUCACUUGGCAUCAAACCCUAUUGCAAUAGGGCUUCCAUCUGUAGGAAGGCUGGGAGGCCUGGCAGCUGUUCCCUAGAAGUCAGGAGAGGUGAUCCAAGCCCCCUCCUGCAGCAGAAAGGUUUGUCACUCAAAUCUUUCAGCAGGAGCAAGGUUCUCCUGGAAAACCUCUGUAUUUUCUUUAGAGGGCUGAGUGUUUGCACCCAGGGAGGUGAGUGUCAGGUCCUUGAGGGGCUCCUUGCUGCAGAUAGCCAGGCCAGGAAGUGUACCAGAAAAUCCUUGUUGCUGGACGUGUCCGUAGCUUUCCCUGUCAGUUAAACGCUUCAUCUUCCCUGCUCGCUAUUGCUUCCAGCCACUGGUUUGCUGUGGAUGUGCUUGGGCUUUGGAAACCCAUUUCUGGGUGCAGCCAGCAAGCCUCGGGGGGAGCUUUCCCCCAGGCCUGCUGGCUUCCUGUGCCUCUUCCAAUCCUAGUCUUGUUUUUGCAAAUCUAAUCAUCCCACGCUUCUGCUUGCUGAGCCCUUCAGCAUCAACCAGCUUCGUCAGCCAGCCAGAAAAGGCCCUGCUGUGAAUGCUCACUCUUGUCCCCUGCUUGAGUGACUCCAGUCUCUCUUGAUGCCGCUCACUCAGUGCAGCAGAGCACGCAGGCUUUGGUCUUUCUGAGGCAUCAGCGGGUCUUGGAGGACAGGGACGGCAAAGCCAGGUCUGCAGGAUGGUGCAGGGACUGGAAAGACAGGACACGAGUUGCUCGGAGAAAGUGAAGCACUCUCAGUAUCUGGACAGAACUGUUGCUGUGUCUCUUAAUGCAUUUGCAAGGGAUGGUGGUUCCCUCGUGCAGGCUGCAUUAGCAGAGCACACCACAGCUCCUUAGAAAUGGAUGGAGACCAGCUAGAGCUGAGCAGACACCAGCUUUGAACCACUUAGAUGAUGUUCUCUGAGCUUUGCAUAGACUUGCCGUGUCAGGAGCUUGCUCUCACGCACCCAUUAAGUGUCUUCCUUUGUUUCGUGGCUGGAAUGUAUUUUGCUAGCCUUCCUUUAACGGGGGGCUGCCUCCCCAAGGAGGUGGGUGCGUGCAUGCACCAGCUGCCAGUCGAAUGAACAGAAUAGGGUACUCAACCCCCAUACAUGCCAGGCUGGGAGAUGAGCAGCUUGGAGUUUGUUUGCUGUCCGGCUGGCUCAGCUUCUGCAGUCUGCUCCUCCGCUUGCCGCACAGAUGAGCAGCGGGGAUGAGCUGGUUCCUGAGCUGGAGGAGUUGCUUCUGAAACAUCCUUACUGUCUAGAAACAAGUCUUGAAUGAAUCUCAUCUGAGCACCAGGGGCCAGGGAGACAUGCGGGGCGGGAGCGAGAGAGAAGCAUUAGAAGGGAAUCAUCUCCCAGAUCUCCCUGGGCAUUUGCAAGUGUUUAAAGCCCCUUCUCAUUAAAAAGGAAGAGAAUUGAGCCCACCUCCCCACUAUCUGCCUCUACAGCUUAAUUCAGCACGCAGUAGCUAAUAACAUCAUCCCCGACGGGGAGCUAUUCUGGAUCCAUUGCUCCCCAGAUUCUUUGUUAGCAUUGGCUUGAUCUCCAGCCUCGUUGUCCUGGGAUUGAUUUCCCUCCUGUCCUGGAGAAGGAAACAGCUUGUAAAUUUGCAGAAGAGGUGGAUGUCAGAUAAAAUCCCAAGCCAUUGGUAAGAGCCAACUGCAGCGUGUUUGCAGAGGUGCUGUGCACUAGCAAAGCAUCCGUCAUGGGCGAUGCCCUGCUCCUCUGAGGCACCUGGAGGGGUUUGCAAUUUGCAGCUGGCUUUUCCAGUUGGCUUUUUUUUAAGCUGAGGCCAUCCCAAUUCCCCUGUAAGAACAUGCCGAGGAGUUUAAAGCUUCCUCCUAGCUGUCGUGAUGGUUCAGUGACUGCUUGAAACAUGAGGGAGUUAAAAAAGGAAAGCAAUGGAGGCAAAACAUGUUGGGCUAUUUCUAGGGACCCUCAGUUCAUGACAGAGCCUAUAUUGUAGGUAGAGUCCAUGGCUUUUUCCUGGCAAUAAUUGUUUUGGACCCGGGGGGCUUUCAAAGGACAACUUGCAGACACAUGUGCUGCCCUUCUAGCUGCCGGCCUUGUGGUCCCUGCUGCAUCUGUCCUCUCUUGGCACAUUGCACUGAGAAAAGGUGGGACGUUAGACCCCCCACCCGGGUAUCUUGUGCAGCGCUGCAGGGAUCUUCCACCUGGAUUUUGCCACUUCCUCAUAACAGUCUUUGCAGCGAUGCCCUGGGUGAUCUCCAGAUGUGUUCCCAGCUGUGCCAGCAGCAGCGUGAUUGUUGUGCCCUGCCUGGAGCAGUUGAUAGCAGCCAAGCAUUUAGAGAGGAAGGGGCGACUAGGACUGUCCGUGCAAUAUCCCAGUGAUUUUAAAAAGGGAGCAGACAGGUUUUAGUAUAUUUAGGGGGGUUUAAGAGCAGCUCGCGACAUGGAAACGGGCGCCUUGUAGCAAAACUCAGGAACCUCUGAGAUCCGUGCUGGAUCUGCCCCUACGCAGGGGGAACAUGACACACAGCGGGAGCUAACGCCGAGGCGACCAAGCUCAGCACGGAGGAGGGCAAAAGGCAGGUGGGAUCGCAGCUCCUUCCUGCACGGGGGCAGCCGUCGAAUGGGAUUUCCCAGAAACCUCCAAAGUCGCAACAGAAAUUCAGCUGCCGUCCGCUCUCUCGGUGCGGGGACGUUGCCGUGUGCUCGAAGCUCGGUCUCUGCUCAGAAGUAUUACCGUCCUUGCAUCGUGCGUGUACGUGAGCCUGCAUUUCAAGGGACGUUGGGACCACCCUGCCCCGUGCUGUCGGGUCUGUGCUGUAGCAUACAUAGCAUAGCCAUCCUUUAAUGUAACCCCUUUGGCUUGUGGGUCCCGACUCGGUAGAACAGCGUUUCAUGUUAGCAGCCUCUCCGCAUCUCCACCGUGCAAGUCUGAUGUCCGGUUCUCCAGCGCGUGUUGAAAGAGAGAAAAAAGCCAACAAUUUUGGACCUCUCUCAGGAAGCACCAUGUGAAACAUCCUCCAGGACCACGGGACAAUCUUGCAGUGCUGAGAAGCAGCAACGUUUGGUGCUGGCAAUCCAGCCAAGUUGUGAUUUUUUUUUUUUAUUCAUGAAAACUGAAGGGGAAAGCAGGUCCUCUUCCCUGCUCGAUGCUUGGCCACUUCUCAGCUGUGCUCGUGGUGUGACUGUCCAUCGCUUGCAGCGAGGUCUCGUUUGUGUAAUAAGCAGUGCCCGCGAUCUGGUUCUGCGCAGACAGGUAGAAGCCGCAGCUGUCAGCGCAAACGAGAGCAGGGCCUACAACAGGCUAACGAGACCGUGCUCUGCAUCAGGGAGGUGGGAGCCGCCGCACAGUGCUGUGCUGGCCCCGCGCCCCAGAUGCUUCCUCCUGGAGUCACGCUGCUAUCCCUCUCCCGUCCCCCUGCACCAUUCGGGCCAGAUGCUGUAUGCAAUUUGCAGCACAGAGCAGGACAAAGGACCAUGCCUCUGGGCAGUGAGCAGUGGCUCUCCUAUGAGACGUGAGCCACCCCGAGGAGAAGGACCCUGCAAGUCUGACAGACCGCAGUGACCACUCUCCCUCCCAUGCAGACCCCCAAGGAGGCAGGAAAAAGGGAGCAAUGCCAACCCCACUCUGUAACCAGGCUUUGGAGAAAUUAUAUUAGGUGCCCAUGGUCUAAAGGAGGUCUUGUGUCCUAACACCAUUGCUGCAGUAGCCAGGACCAGCAAAGUACUUAGGCACAUGUCUACCUCGAAGUUUGGGAUUUGAGUGGGGUGGGUCACCUGCUUGGAGGUAUGCACCCGCUUACGAGCUGUUUGGGUCAGAGCCCAGGGCUCUGCUGACCUUUGCCGUGUGUUUUGAACUUAGUCAGGCCUCCACUUCCUUCUUUAAAACUGUCCUACAGAGGAGGCCCCCAGGUUUGCACUGUACACGGUCACGAUGGAGACCCGAGGCUUUCACCCUGGCAAUAUGUGAAUCCUUGCAAUCAUGCAAUGAUUGCAAUAUGCAGUGAUUGCCCCGAGUUAAACAUUUGUGGGUUUAAUGCAAUCAUUGCAUUGCGAUGCAAUCAUUCCCUUGUCAAGGAGCUGCUAAUUCAACCCCCCCAUAAUUAUGUGUCUUGAGAAAAGCAUCUCAUUGCUGACUGGUCACGGCUUUCCCCCUCUUUAAAUCUGAGACUGAGACAUGAGGUUCCCAAAGGUCCUUUGCUUGUGUUGCUUUCUGUCCUUCUCCUGAUGCCCCCGACCUGGUCUCCCAGUCAGAGGAGCAAUAACUUGACCUUGGCUUGGGUCAAACCGGACAGAAUAGGUUGAACCUUGCUCUGAGCAUCAGUCAAGGUGGUAGGGAAACGGUGGACCUCAUCAGUCAAGCCCACGCUGCGUUGCUUGAAGGAGGAGGUUUUGGAAAUGCUAGUUUCUGGGUUGCAUUUCAAGCUGGACUUGUGGGAGAGUCAGCUGAAAGGAGUGAAAGGGCAGCUCUCUGUUGGUCCACUGGCCAAACACCUCCCGUCCAAACGGGUAAUGGCACAGCGUGGGCAAGAGCAUUUCAGAAACUGCCCUGCGGUCUCCUUUUGAGAUGGGUGUCUCUGCUCCAGAAGGUCACAGUAAGAAGGGCUCUGCUCAGGAGAUGCAGUGAGAUCCAGCAUGCAGCUGGGAAGGGUUUGGGGAGAGUUCAGGUCAUUCCAGCCACACCUGAUCAGAAACCUUAAUCAUACCGGUCUUUGCUGUCCUCUUGCAAAACAUGUUUGUGCCGCUGGAAGCCAUACCCCCUCCCCGUCCUGGAUCUCGGAGGGGCAGGUCUGGAGGUUGCCUUGCAGAGCCCAAGUUCUGCGUGCGUCUCGCUUCUCCGGGGGUUUUGAGAUGAGCUCAAAGUUGAACCGUGUGAGGAUAAAACACUGCUGGAGGGCUUAGCUGGCACUUGUAGCUGCAUUAAAACCGUGUGGUGGAUCUCAGACGUAUAGGCCAGCCCCAUCAAUGACCUCUCCACCCUCUCCCAGUAGCAGGGGAUUAUUAAAGCGUAACCGCUUGUAGGUCCGUUCUCUUUUUUUUUUGGCCCCUGGAUUCUUCCUUGGUUCUUUUCCAAACUAGAGAAGUUUAGCAGUGACAAUAUGUUGUUUGCACGUGUAUUUUUCUAAAAAAAAAAAAAAAAAAAAAAGAGAGAGAGAGAGAGACAAAAAUAUAUUAAAAACCUAUAAAGUAAAGAAAAUGUUUAACUGUAUCUCCCCGUGUUGCAGAACGUCCGUGGCUUCCACCGGGGCUCCCGAUGCUGUAUUUUACUCUUGACAUAUCCGAUCUAUAUUUGGUCCAAGUUCUGUUGUUUUGACUUUGACGCUGUACGUGACACUUUUGCUGCCAUAUCGUGUACCGAGCGCGGCUGUGUAGACGAUCAAUAUGUUGUACUUGGAUUGUGUGGUUUACGUCCCGUGGGUUUAACGAUUUCUCUGAGAACGUUUCCAGACCGGGGUUGAAUAACCUGUUCCGAUUUUUGACGAGGGAAGAGGCGGGGUGGGGAUGGGAAUAAAUGGUCUGAAGAAAUUAGUUUCUAA